UACACGUCACACGCGCCUUCGUUCCAGGGUGAAGAUGCAGGCAAUGUCACACAGCCCUCCUCAUCAUCACGACUAAAAAUUCACCGUAUCUUAUAUACAAAGCAUUUGGGAAAAUCAAUAACCGAAUCGCUCUGACUGCCGUGUAGAGCUCUGUGCUCUUGAAGCUGCUGUCCAGGGUCCUGAACUUCUUCAGCCCAGCUUCACUCUACUACAUGCUAACAGGCAGCUCCUGACAUCUAGUUCCAGCACUCUUUACAUCAGCGCACAACUUUGAACCAUGGAGGAGGGUUACAGAGACCGUACGGCCUUCAUUAAAGGUGCUAAGGACAUUGCCAAAGAGGUCAAAAAGCAAGCAGGUAAAAAGGUGGGCCGCCACAUGGACAGGGUGAGCGACGAAUACAGCAAACGCUCUUAUACCCGCUUCGAAGAGGAAGACGAUGAUGACGAUUACCCCGUGCAGGCCCAGGACGGCAGCUACUACCGCAGCAACAGCAGGGCCAACGACGACGAAGGGGCUCACAGCGACUCCACAGAGGGCCACGAUGAGGAUGAUGAGAUCUACGAGGGCGAGUACCAGGGCAUCCCCAGAAACGACUCCGUUGAGAAGGUCGACAGACAGGUGGGUGGAGUAGGACAGUCUCAGUUCCGGGACAUGACGCAGUAUGAGGGGGAGAGGAGGAAGGACCAGGAGGAGCUGGCCCAGCAGUAUGAGACCAUCCUGCAGGAGUGUGGCCACGGCCGCUUCCAGUGGACCCUGUACUUUGUGCUGGGUCUGGCCCUCAUGGCUGAUGGCGUGGAGAUCUUCGUGGUGGGCUUCGUACUGCCCAGUGCUGAGAAAGACAUGUGUUUGUCUGAGCCCAACAAAGGGAUGCUGGGUCUAAUUGUGUAUCUGGGUAUGAUGGUGGGUGCCUUUGUGUGGGGAGGUCUGGCUGACAGAAUCGGCCGCAGACAGACUCUUCUUAUCUCUCUCUCCAUCAACAGUGUCUUUGCUUUCUUCUCCUCCUUUGUCCAAGGAUACAGCUCUUUCCUGUUCUGUCGUCUGCUCUCCGGUGUGGGGAUCGGUGGCUCUAUUCCCAUCGUGUUCUCAUAUUACUCUGAGUUUCUGGCUCAAGAGAAGCGUGGUGAGCACUUGAGCUGGCUCUGCAUGUUCUGGAUGAUUGGGGGCAUCUACGCUGCUGCCAUGGCCUGGGCCAUCAUUCCCCACUAUGGCUGGAGUUUCCAGAUGGGCUCAGCCUACCAGUUUCACAGCUGGCGAGUGUUUGUGCUGGUGUGUGCGUUCCCGGCCGUCACCGCUAUCGCUGCGCUGACCACCAUGCCAGAGAGCCCACGCUUCUUACUGGAGAACGGAAAACAUGAUGAAGCUUGGAUGAUUCUGAAGCAGGUCCAUGACACCAACAUGAGGGCCAAGGGCUACCCGGAGAGGGUUUUCUCUGUCACCACUAUUAAGACGGUGAAACAGAUGGAUGAGCUGGUUGACAUGGGUGGAGAGGCCACAGCCUGGCAUCAGCGCUGGAGGAUCAAGCUGACCAACCUCUUCCAUCAGGUGUGGAGCAACUUCCUGACAGUGUUUAAUCCAGAGUACCGGAGGAUCACCUACAUGAUGAUGGCCGUGUGGUUUUCCAUGUCCUUCAGCUACUAUGGGCUGACUGUUUGGUUCCCUGACAUGAUCAAAUACCUGCAGAAACAAGAGUACUCCUCUCGCACAAAGGUCUUCAUCAAAGAGAAAGUAGAGCAUGUGACCUUUAACUUCACCUUGGAGAACCAGAUCCACCGAAAUGGAGAGUACUUCAACAACAAGUUCUUGAAUCUGAAGAUGAAGUCGAUGGUAUUUGAAGACUCCCUGUUUGAGGAAUGCUACUUUGAGGAUAUCACGUCAAGCAACACCUUCUUCAAAAACUGCACCUUCAUCUCCACCCUCUUCUACAACACAGACUUGUUCAAGUACCGGCUGAUCAACAGCAAACUCAUCAACAGCACUUUUCUGCAUAACAAAGAAGGCUGUAUGCUGGAUUUCAGCGAUGAGAACAAUGCGUACAUGAUCUAUUUCGUCAGCUUCCUCGGCACACUUGCUGUCCUGCCCGGGAACAUCGUGUCUGCCCUGCUCAUGGACAAGAUCGGACGUCUAAGAAUGCUGGCGGGUUCCAGUGUGAUUUCCUGCGUCAGCUGCUUCUUCCUGUCAUUUGGAAACAGUGAAUCUGCUAUGAUUGCCUUGCUCUGUCUGUUUGGGGGCAUCAGCAUUGCGUCGUGGAAUGCCCUGGAUGUGCUAACAGUGGAGCUGUACCCCUCGGACAAGAGGACUACAGCCUUCGGCUUUCUAAACGCCCUCUGUAAGUUAGCUGCAGUUCUGGGCAUCAGCAUCUUCCAGUCGUUUGUGGGCAUCACUAAAGCAGUGCCCAUCCUCUUUGCAUCAGCAGCUUUGGCAGUCGGAAGCUUCUUGGCUCUCAAGCUUCCUGAGACUCGCGGUCAGGCGCUUCAAUAGUGCAGCGUUCCAGCAUGCAGGUGGCGGCGUUUGAGUUUGACCCUGUCCUUGAGUGAGCAAUGCUGGAAGCAGCCCACACAAAUCCAACAUUUACAGAUAUCUUCAUUCCUCCAAUAUGUGCAAUCGUAUUAUUAUUUCAUUCAAUUGAAUUUGAUUUAAUUCAGAUCUACAUUUAUAGACAUGUUCCCUGCUGAUGUCUCACUGUCUCACAGGAAUAUUGGAAACCCUAUGUGUGUGUGUGUGUGUGUGUGU